AGUUCCCUCUUUCCUCCUAACCUUUGUUCGCCAUGAGGUUGUCAUGGUCGCUCCUUAGUCUGGGACUUGCCGCUGCCGUGCGCGCGUCCAACGUGCUUGACCUUGAGCCUGGAAAUUGGGAUGAUCAUAUUGGCAAGGGGACGCCUGCCCUGGUGGAGUUCUUCGCCCCGUGGUGUGGUCACUGCAAGAAUCUUGCCCCUGUAUAUGAACAACUAGCAGAUGCCUACUCGCACGCAAAGGACAAGGUCAUCAUCGCAAAGGUAGAUGCUGACGGUGCAGGCCGGCCACUGGGCCAAAAGUAUGGAGUCUCCGGCUUCCCGACUCUGAAAUGGUUCGAUGGUAGCGGAAACCCCGAGCCGUAUGAAAGCGGCCGUGACCUCGAUUCCCUUGCUUCCUUCGUGACGACCAAGUCUGGUGUCAAGUCGAAGAUCAAGCUCCCACCGCCUCCCGCGUACAAGGUUCUGGACUCGCACACGUUCGAAGAGGUUGCGCUAGACGACUCCAAGAAUGUCCUGGUAGCAUUUACUGCUCCCUGGUGCGGACACUGCAAGCGUAUGAAGCCCGACCUGGAGAAAGCUGCGGAAGACUUCGCCGCCGAGUCCGACUGCAUCAUUGCCAAUGUUGACGCCGAUGCCCAACCCAACCGGCCACUCGCGGAGAAAUACGGUGUCAGCUCCUACCCGACCAUCAAGUUCUUCCCCAAGGGCCACAAGGAGGACCCCGAGCCGUAUGAAGGGCCGCGGACUGAGGAGGGCUUCGUCGAAUACCUUAACCAGAAGUGCGGGACGCACCGCACACCUGGUGGGUUGCUGAGCGAAAUGGCUGGCCGGUUGCCCGAACUGGACACGAUCGCGAGCAAGUUCGUCAUCGCCACUGGUGAUGCUCGGGACUCGCUGUUCAAGGAGGCCUUGAGCCUUGCUACCCAAGCCGGUGCUACGGGGAAGCACUACCUCCGUGUCAUGGAGAAAGUCGUGAACGGCACCGAGGACUACGUCGAACGGGAGUCGAAGCGACUGGCAUCCAUCUUGAAGAAGCGCACACUUUCGCCGCAGAAGCUUGACGAGAUCAGGGUCAAAGCGAACGUCCUCGCUGCUUUCGCUGCGGAGAAAGCGGAAAGCGCAAAGGAGAUGGCAGAAGAGGUCGUGGAGAAGGUGGAGGAGAAGGUGCGCGAAGAGCUAUGAAAAUAUAGGCGUACUACGUGCCUCUAAUUCUAGCAUGUACCAUUUGACCGUAUUGUAAUUGGACAUACAUCCUCCUGUGGGAAGGCUAUCGACAUUUAGUCCUCGUGAUUUUAGCUUCUGAAUCAUGAUGUCGGGGUGUCCGUAUACUCAGGCUCCUAAACCACCGUCC